AUUAUUAUAGAAAGCAAGCAAUCGAGGAAGCAGGAAAGAGAGAGAGAGAAAGAGAAGGAGGGAGAGAGAGAGAGAGAACAAGAAGGAAAGAGAACGUGCCGUUUUCGUGAAGUAUCGACGCAUAGUCGGACGAUUCUCAACUUAUUAACAAGGAUUCUCGAAAAGACGUUUUCUCUCUCUAAUCAACGUAAAUAAAAUACGUUUAAUCGUUUGACAAAAAGAAGAAAGAAUAUUUCUUCGUUAUUAUCCUUGUGAAUACAAGAGCAAGAGAUCCGUCAAGAAGAUAUUAGCACUUUAAUACGAAUAAUUGAUACAGCAUUUAAUUCAAGUGCAACAAGUGUAACUAAAAUUACAAACAUGACAGACAUUAUAGUAGAACAUUUACCAAACGAAUCAUUGCCAGUCAGAGAUUCUGGCGAUGUAAGUUUAUCUUCAUCACCAGAGAUAAAAUCUGUAGAUGAAGUAGAUAAUGUCGGUUAUCGUUUUGAAUCGGAGAGAUUAAGAAGUUUUGAAAACUGGCCUGUGAGUUAUAUAGAACCAGAAAAAUUAGCAGCAGCUGGUUUUUACUAUCUUGGCGAAGGAGAUAAAGUUAAAUGCUUUGAAUGUAACAUAGAGAUAUGUCAGUGGGUAGAAAAUGAUGAUCCAAUGGAAGAUCAUAAACGUUGGUCGAAUAGGUGUAGAUUUAUUAAAAAACAACCAUGUGGAAAUGUACCUAUAGGGGCAGAUCCAAAUACUAUACCACCAGUACAAUCUAGUUUAGACGUUUGUGGAAUUUAUCAAAAUUCUGAAAAUGACACUCUUACGGCAGAGUUACAACUUUUAAGUACUGCCAAGUUAAAUGCUAUGGGUUUAGGUCGUACAAAGGGACCAUUGCAUCCUGACUUUGUUAGUUACGAUGCAAGAUUAAAAACGUUUAUGACAUGGCCAAGAUCAAUGCCACAGACAAAAGAGCAUCUAGCACAUGCUGGGUUUUAUUAUACGGGAAAUGGUGAUCAGACUCUUUGCUAUCAUUGCGGAGGAGGCCUUAAAGAUUGGGAACCUGAAGAUGAUCCCUGGGAGGAACAUGGAAAAUGGUUUCCAAAAUGUUGUUAUCUCCUGAUGGUAAAAGGACAAGAUUAUGUAAAUAAAGUUACAGGACAGCAAACAUCGCCCAUUUCGACAGAGGAGGCAUUGCAAAUGAACUUGCCAAGUUUUAUUAAAACAAUUGAACCAUUAUCAUCAUCGAAUAAUGGAGAAAAUGGUCAGGUCGAGAAUGCCCCUGGGCCAAGUCACAGAAUUGAGAGUUGCUUGAAAGUAGAAGGAUCUGCAGAAUUUAAAGGAUCUAAAGAUACGAAAGCGCAUUGUAGCAAAUCCGUAGAUGACGCGAGAAUUUGUAAAAUUUGCUAUAACGGAGAAUUAGGUGUGGUUUUCUUACCAUGCGGCCAUAUGGUAGCUUGCGUGGACUGUGCACCAGAAAUGACAAUUUGUGCUGUGUGCCGAGUUCACGUAGCAAUGAAAGUGAGAGCCUUCCUUUCUUAAAUUGUAAAAAUAAUUUGUAAAUUCUACGAAAUGUGUUAAAUGAAAAGGGAACUAUUAAUGUAUAACUACUGCAUUACAUUUCUCUCAACUCGAUUCACGCACGUAUUCACACAUCCCUGCCUUAUGUGAAUAGGAUAUUAUAAAUCAUAUAGAAUUAUUGUAACAAGUAUUGUAACUAAAUCAACUAGUUUGUAAUAUUUAUGUAAAGUAUAUUAGGUAUUUUACAAUUUCCAACAUUAUGCCGUAGAAAUAUACAAAUAGAUGAUCUCAAUGGAAAUUAAAAAGCAUAAAGAAAAUAUGCUAAAAUAAAUGGUGUAAUCUCCCGGGAUUAAUAUAUUUGGAAGAAAUAUGUUAUUCAAAACAUUGUAAUAUAUCCAUAGUUGUGACAUUAUUAAUGUAUUUCCUUCAAAUUUAUAUCCAAAUUAAUUGACGUAUUGUGAUAUAACGAACGUAUCGUAUUAAGAGCUUGUAAUUAUAUUUUGUAUGAUCAAAUACUUAUUACGAACGAUUGUUAGCUUACAAAUAAACUUUAGGAAUAUAAUUAAAAUUUCUGUAAACUUUA